CAUUCAGUCAGAAUAUAUUUUGACGGCAACAUUCGAACAGCUCCCAAAAAUUUCCCAAAAACAAAAAAUAUAAAAAUAUAUUAUUAGAAAAGAAGGACAAAGACAUUUGCCACUUCCGUCGUGACGUUUGGAUGGUGCCUACACCAAUGAAUAUGAUUAUAUAUAUAUUUUGAACAAAGAAUAAUCAUAAUAAUUCAUAAUAAUUACACAACCGAUGAACAAUACGGCUAUUUCCUACAAAUAUUUUGUUCGCUCCACUUGGCACUUGGCUCCAAGUUGGCUGCGAUCCACAUAACGCUCCUUCGCCAUCGCAUUCGAUUCCAUUUGUUGCCCUAUUGGGCCCCAGCGGCGUAUAUACUAUCUAUAGGAAGGUGUAAUUCCAGGACGAUGUCGGAUAAAAGGGGGUUUGUUGACGACGACCUGGAAGAUGAUGACAAGAAUAAAAAGUAUCGCAAGUUAACCAACACCAUACAUAUCGACAACCAGGGUAAUGAUGAUGGGGAGGGUCAGGAGACGAAGACCGUUUCCGCUGCUUUGCCCGUUCCGGAACCUGCUCCGGCUCUCACUCGUAUCGACCAAUUCCGUCAAACGGUGGAUCAGCAUCUGGCCAUGCUUGAGCAGAAAUUCGAGGCGACCUACAACGCCAAUAAUAGGUAUGACUUUGAGAGCUAUGAACCUGAGGAACCGGCGACCUCGAAAGUUCUUGUAAAGACUUGGAGAAACAUAAGGAAGCCACUGACACAAGACACUGCGGAAAACGCUUCGAUGUCCCCACGCCUUCCGGACAAGAAUGAUGUUGUAGAUGUGGACGAUGACGACGAUGAUACAUCUGAUAGUUCCAGCUCUUUUUUAGCAUCCGAGCACAUCGAAAUCGAAUAUGGGCAGAGCAACAACGGCGUGGAGGAGAGCCAGGCCGAGUAUCGGGCCGGGGGCUAUCAUCCAGUGGCCGUUGGCGAUAUCUUUCAUAGUCGUUACUAUGCCAUUUAUAAGCUCGGCUGGGGCCACUUUUCGACGGUGUGGCUAUGCUUUGACAGCAAGAUGGAACAGUAUUGCGCCAUCAAGGUGGUCAAAUCGGCGGAGCACUACACAGAAACGGCACGCGAUGAGAUUCGGCUGCUCCGCACGUUGUCCGAUGCCGACUGGCAUAAUCUGCGUGAUCGAUUGGUUGAGUUUCGUGACUAUUUCUACAUGAGCGGCCUGAACGGCACCCAUCUGUGUCUCGUGUUCGAGGUGUUGGGCGAUAAUCUGCUCACCCUGAUCCAGCGAUCCCGCUACCAGGGACUGCCCAUCUACAACGUCAAGCAGAUAGCGCGGCAGGUGCUCGAGGGUCUCCGCUUUCUUCACGACCAGUGCCAGAUCAUACACACCGAUCUGAAGCCGGAGAAUGUGCUGCUGGUAGGGGACAAUGUGGCGGUCCGGACUCAGGCCACUCAGGUGGCUACUGCCUUUUUGCGGGCUCAUUCCCAUCGCUCAAGGAAAAAAGGAAACAGCAGCGGCUUGUCCUCGGCGCGGUCCACAUGCGCCCCAGCUAAGGAGGAGGUGGUCACUGAUCACUGCGGUCGACCGACCCAGACUCCAGUUCCCCAAACACAAGAACUGUCGCCCAUUGCCGAGGAUAAGACUGCAUGCACAUCAGGUGCAAGUCCCACAUCACCACGAGCCAACGGCUCCAAUUCGUCCAAUGACGCCAAACUGACGAAGACGGCCAAGAGGCGGAUGAGGGCUCGCACCAAACGUAGUGUCGCCUUUUUCCGGCAGCACUGUCAGUGGCUGCGCCAGCAGGGCGUCGCGGAUCUCCUGGGAUUGGCGGAAAAGGGUCUGCUUACUCCGACAAUUGCGGCCAUGGGUGUGACUGGGAAACUGCCCUUCAUGCCCUUCUCCUUUGACGGUCUGGUGAUCCUCGACGAAGCGGACAUCGUGCAGCUGGAGCGGGAGUCGCUAAUAGAAAGGGUGGGCGAUACAGCGUCGCAUAAGCGAAAUAGAGAAGGGCUGGACCCUCCGAAGACUCCUAGACGCUCCAAACGUCGCCAAUCGGGGAAACAGAAGAAGGACACCUCCAAGAUUCCGGCCAGGAACUCCGCUGCCCUAAACUUGCUCAUCAAAAGUCCGGAAGAGUUUAUGCUGUACGUGCAGACGAAGGUGGCCGAGGCGGAUAUGGCGGAAAAGGCGCGCCAGCUGCUGUCCAAAAGCAAACGUGGCGGGAGCAUCAAGAAGACCAGACAAGGCUCCAAGAAGAAGAGCCCCUCUAGAACGGGAGGAUCCCGGUACAGUGCAGGCGGAGUCGGCGUAGUAGCCCAGGACAAGGACAAGGAGUCAAGAACAUUGCCCAAUAUGGACAUCAAUUCCCGCAAGGAUCCAGCGUUGGAACAGUGCAUAGUUAAAGUCAAGAUAGCUGACAUGGGCAAUGGGUGUUGGUUCCAUCAUCAUUUCACCGACGACAUACAAACGCGGGAGUACCGGGCAGUGGAGGUGAUUCUGGGCGCGGGCUACAGCGAAACGGCGGACAUCUGGAGCGCAGGUUGUCUGUUUUGGGAACUGGCCACGGGCGAUUAUCUAUUUGAUCCGCAGGUGGACCGCGGCAAGGCCAGCCAAGACGAGGCGCACAUUGCCAAAAUUAUCGAGACGUGCGGUCCGAUUCCCCAGGAGCUGAUCGAUCAUGGGGACUUCUCCAUGGAAAUCUUCAAGUCGAACGGCGAUCUAAGGACCAUCAAUAACUUAAAGUCGCGUAAUCUGGUCGAUGUCCUGAUGAAUCAGUACGGAUGGAAGCGCAAGGACGCCGUGGAGUUUGUGGCAUUUUUGGAGCCGAUGCUUAACACGGAUCCACAUCGCCGGGUCUGUGCCCUUGAUGCGAUGUUCCAUAGUUGGUUGGUCCGGGACGAUGAUGAGUGUCAGGGUCGAGACGUUGACAAGGAUAGGGAUUGGAAAAUAUCGGAUGAUCGGAAGAGAGCAUGGGAUAGCGUAUGGAAUCAAGAGCAGGAACUGGAUCGGGAUAAUGAUAACAACCAUACUCUUACCGAACGUAAUGCAGAUGGCGGGACAACGAGCAUUGGCCGUGGCGGAGGUGGAAAAACACUGCGAUACUCCUCAUCUGCUCCGGGAAAAUUCAAAGGCGGCAUGAAUUAGCAAGAUUCGUAAUUAUCUACGUAAGACAGUCUUGGUGUCGCCAUAAUCCCAUAGUGAAGUAUAUAUUGUUAUGUAAAGAUCGUACACCUCCAAGCAAGUGUCCAUCCGUUAAUUUAAUUAGGCAGGCCUAUGUAGGUUAAUAUUUCAAAUUUAAAUAAA